AUGACUUCUCGACUCGCAACUCUCGUUUGGCUUGUGGGACUCUUGCCUUUGUUCGCCAGCGCAGACCGCGCUUCAGUCGAAGAUUUGGCGCAGCGCUACUCUUUGACGACCAGCACAACUCUGCCCUUUCCCACCGCCACGCAGGCGAACGCAGACACCCAGAAUCUACUCGUUCAGCAAUGGUCACUUGGGAAAGGCCGUAUACAAGACGGGGCUGACAGACUAGAGUUCGUGGCCGAUCCGUUUCCUCGCAACAGCGUCCCAGGAUCCACACAAAAUGCGACUGGGCCAGUUCUUCAGGCAACAUAUCCCGCUGGCAGCUUCUCUCAUGAAUCAGGCGGCGCUCAGUUCUACAACCUGUGGAACAACACAAAUGGAAACCCGUUCCAGUCCAUGAUCGUAUCGUACGAGUUGGCCUUUCCCCAAGAUUUCGACUGGGUGAAAGGGGGGAAGCUGCCUGGGCUGAGGGGCGGCCUGAAUUCGACGGGGUGUAGUGGUGGCAACGAGCCCGACGGGCGGGAUUGCCUGAGUGCACGGUUAAUGUGGAGAAGGAAUGGAAACGGCGAAGCCUACCUUUACAUACCGAAACCCAACGGCCUCUGUGACGAACGAAGUAUCUCUUGCAACGAUGACUUCGGUAUCAGCGUUUCUCGAGGAUCCUUUGUAUUGACACCCGCGCAAUGGUAUCGCAUCACUAUGCUGGUUCAAGUCAACAACCCCCCAAACGUUGCCAACGGUAACCUCCGUAUAUAUUUCAACGACGAAGAAGUCAUACGCCAACAAGACCUCCAGUUCCGUGCUGUGGACUCGCUCACCGUGAACGGAUUCUUCUUCUCCACUUUCUUCGGCGGAGGUGACAAUAGCUGGGCAACCCCUCAGACCACGCACACUUACUACCGCAACAUCCGGAUGUGGGGUGGAUCCCAGCCCUCAAACCUCACAGGCCAAACCGUGAAUGCCGCAUAUCACCCAGCUGCGUCCACAGCAGUAAUCAGCUGUGUGGGCGUGUUCUUGCUCUUCGUAAAUACCCUCGUAUAG